AAUUAAAUAGAAAUCGAACAAAAGGAAAAUCGAACAAAAGGAAAAUCUCACAGUAUCCACCCACGUAGUAACUUCUCUGAUACCUGGAAACCCUAGGUGUAGCUGUGUCAUCGUCGUCAUCAUCAUCAUCAUCGUCAUCAUCGUCAUCUGAUCCGGUAAAAGCUAUGGCAGAUGAGAAAGUGAUUAUGUCUCUGGAAGCUAGCCCUGCCGCCGCCGCGCCCUCGGCGUCCCCGGAUGGCCAUAAGAGGAAGCAUGAAGAUUUGGAGCUCAACACCCCGCCCGAACCGCUUAAUGAUACCGAGCCGAAAUCCGAUCUUGACUCGUUGGACAAUGGGGUGCAGAAGGAGGUGAAUGGCGGUACAGAUGAAUCUGAGACUAAACGUCCACGUUUGGAGAGUAAUGGUGAUAAUGUUAGCGAAGCUGAUGGCCUAGUUUCACAUAAUGGACACCAAGAGAAGGAGAAAGAAGAUGAGCCUAUAGAGGAAGACCCCGAGGAGCUCGAGUCUGCAGAUGAUAAUGGCCAGCCUGUGGAUGGUCAAGAACAAGAAUCUUCUGAGACAAUUGUUGGAGAACCAGCUUCUGAGACAAUUGUUGGAGAACCAGCAUCUGAGACAAUUAUGAGAGAACCAGCUUCUGAGACAAUUGUUGGAGAACCAGCUUCUGUUGAGAAUGAUAAAAUUGAUAUUGGAAGUACUGAUAAACUAGGACAACAAAACACAGAAGUCGAAGAGUCUUCCGAACGUCCUAGAGAGGGGGAUGUUCCAGUUCCCUCUGCUGAAACACAACUGGGCUCGGACACGGAAGUACUGUCGCGCAAAAUGGAGGUUCCAAGUGACAAGGUUGGGGUUCUCAUUGGCAAGGCAGGGGAUACUAUUAGGUCCCUGCAAGUCAACUCCGGUGCCAAAAUUCAGAUUACGAAAGAUGCUGAUGCAGACCCGCGGUCUACCAACAGGCCUGUAGAACUAAUUGGAACUUUGGAGAAUAUAAACAAGGCCGAGAAGUUGAUAAAGGACGUAAUUGCUGAGGCUGAUGCUGGAGGUUCACCGUCACUUGUUGCUCGGGGAUUCAGCACUGUUCAAGCUGCCAGUGGUGGUGAACAAAUUGAAAUACAAGUCUCAUAUGAAAAGGUUGGUUUAAUCAUUGGGAAGGGUGGAGAAACUAUUAGGAACUUGCAGACAAGAUCAGGGGCUCGCAUUCAGUUGAUACAACAAAAUCUUUCUGAUGGAGACCAAUCUAAGGAUAGGACUGUCCGUGUGACUGGUAAUAAGAAGCAGAUUGAGACUGCUAGAGAAAUGAUCAGAGAUGUCAUGAAUCAGAAUAUAAGGCCAUCACCUCUCUCUGGCGGAUACAGUCAGCAGGGUUAUCGCCCACGUGGGCCAGUUGCUUCACAGUGGGGACCUCGUGCUCCUCAUCAUGCGCAGUACUCUAGUUAUGACUAUCCGCAACGAGGGGCAUAUCCUUCUUCGAAUUCACAAUAUCCCCCACCAUCAUAUGGCAACUAUCCUCCGCCACAGGCUCCAAGAAGCAAUUUUGGUCCAAGUUGGGAGCAUAGGCCUCCAGCAUCCAUGCAUGGGCCGCCACAGGGGAAUUAUAACAACUAUGGGCAGCAGGCACCUCCUUAUUCUCAAACUCCGGCACAACCCUAUGGUGGUCAUGGGUACAACGAAGUUAAUAAAUACGAUAACCAUGCUGCUUCCUCACAACAUUACGGUCACAUGGGAUCUCAGCCGAAUCCAUAUGCUCAAGGUGGUGGUGGUGGUGGAACACAUUCAGGUUAUGGUGGUCCACAAGAUCAAUAUGGCAAGCCACCACAAGCCAUGUACAAUAACAUGCAGCCACAAGUACCUCAUUCUCAACCCUAUGGUCAGCCUAGGCCUAGUCAACCUGGAGAAGUGCCUUACCAAGGUCCCGUUUCAGCAGCUGCUCAAUCGUACGGUCACAAUAUGCCUCCUCAACAGCCGUACCCAUAUGCAUCAAGUGGAUAUCCAUCUUCUUAUGGCUCUGCACCCACUAGUGAUGGAUACAACCAUAAUACCCCUGCUGCUACUGCAGCAUCUGCAUCUGGUUAUCCACCUCAUCAGGCAGUUGCUGGCUAUGGAUCUCAACAGCCCUCUGCAUAUCCUCAGCCUGGACCCACAGCUGGUUAUGGUUCAUAUCCAGCAUCAGCUCAGCCUGGUUAUGCUGAACAACCAGCUGCAAGCAACGCAACUUAUGGGUAUGGUGCACCUGCAGCAGAUCCAACUUAUGGUGCACCUGCAGCUGUUCAGUCUGGUUAUGCUCAAACUCAACCUAGCUAUGAUCAGUCUGCUGGUUAUGGGAAUGUGCCUCCUGCUGCUGCACCAGCUGCCUAUGGAAAAAGCACGUCACCGCAAUCUGCAUAUCCACAAUAUGAUUCUAGUCAGAUGUAUGGUGCACAUCGCUGAAGUUAGUCUCUUUUAAUGUAAUGGUUAUGAGCUCUAGUUUCCUGACAGGCCAGACCGUAAUAUCAUUUUCUAUCAUGCUCUAUUUGUAUUUGGACUCUAGAUUAAUUUGAACUUGUAGACCACCGUUGUUCUGACUUCCAUGCUCAGGCACGAGCCUGACCUGAUAUCAUAGGUUACUUACAGGAUGUAAGAGAUGUUGAGAAGUGCUGGUGCUCAAGUGAAUGGCGGCAUUGUUAGUGGCCAUUCAUUCUCUAGAAUAUACUAGGCUUUUCAAGCUGUUGUAUUUGGCAAUGCAUUUAUGAUAUUUGUUAUUUGUUGCUUCACUUGUCUCUGAAGUUUAAUUUUGUUCAAGUUUGUCUGGUCUUUUGCAUGUUCAUUUCAUUUUGGUUACCGUGCUUUAGGUUGCAGGCUACUGUGGUUGGCUGUUGUAUUGGAACAUUUUUUUCUUUCAAAGAUGGUGAUUCCAA